GGCGGGAGGGGGGGCGGUGUCGGCCGCUUCCCUUCCUGCUGCCGGCGCUGGCGCGGCGGGGCCGGGACAACGCGGGCCCGGUCGCCUCCUCCCUUCCCUCUCUUCUCCUCCCCAUGGCCGGCAACUUCUGGCAGAGCUCGCACUAUUUACAAUGGAUUUUGGAUAAACAAGAUCUGUUGAAGGAGCGCCAGAAAGACUUGAAAUUUCUGACCGAAGAGGAAUAUUGGAAGCUACAGAUAUUUUUUACUAAUGUUAUCCAGGCUUUAGGUGAACACCUUAAAUUAAGACAACAAGUUAUUGCCACUGCUACAGUCUACUUCAAGAGAUUCUAUGCCAGAUAUUCCCUAAAAAGUAUAGAUCCAGUAUUAAUGGCUCCUACGUGUGUGUUUUUGGCAUCCAAAGUAGAGGAAUUUGGUGUUGUUUCAAAUACAAGAUUGAUUUCUGCUGCUACUUCUGUAUUGAAAACUAGGUUUUCGUAUGCCUUUCCGAAGGAGUUUCCUUAUAGGAUGAACCAUAUACUAGAAUGUGAAUUCUAUCUCUUAGAAUUAAUGGACUGCUGUUUGAUAGUAUAUCAUCCUUAUAGACCUUUGCUCCAAUACGUGCAAGAUAUGGGCCAAGAAGACAUGCUGCUACCUCUUGCAUGGAGGAUAGUGAAUGACACAUAUAGAACUGAUCUCUGUCUACUGUACCCUCCUUUCAUGAUAGCUCUAGCUUGCCUACAUGUGGCCUGUGUUGUCCAGCAGAAGGAUGCAAGGCAAUGGUUUGCUGAGCUGUCUGUUGACAUGGAAAAGAUUUUAGAAAUAAUCAGGGUUAUUCUGAAGCUCUAUGAGCAGUGGAAGAAUUUUGAUGAGAGGAAAGAGAUGGCUACUAUUCUUAGUAAAAUGCCUAAACCAAAACCACCUCCAAACAGUGAAGGAGAACAGGGUCCAAAUGGUAGCCAGAACUCUAGUUAUAGCCAAUCUUAAGACAUUCCAAAGAAUUUCUUUGUUGACCACUUUGACUCAAGACAGCCUGGGAUCUUUCCUGUGUUCAUGAAGUGGAAAGAAGGUUUUAAGAACAUCUUUGACAAAGAACUUGAAGAAUAAAUAGCUUGUUUGUAUCAAGCAUUUGGAAAGCUUUUUCUUUUACAACUGCAUCAUUUUCUCUGACGCUGGAGCAAAUGUACUAAGAUUUUUCAGUGUAAGGAAUCAAACAUUAAGCCAAGCUACAAAAGAGUAACACUGUCCACGCAAACCAAAUAGUUCAUUAUUGGUUUUGUAUGCUUUGAGAAAACUGUAACUUGCCAUUGAAGUGAAUUAUUUUUAAAGCAACAGUAACCUGAUGCCCAAGUGUAACUGUAUUAACGACCUAUGUUGUCUUCAUUUUGUUUGUGACUGAAGGAAGAUAGUGCACUGUAUAUUAAAUCUAUUAUUUUGAGUUUCGUUGAUUUUUAAAAAUAAAUACGGAUUCUACAACAAGUAACACAGCAGUCCUUCAGAAAUGAAGCCUAGAAGAGCCUGCAGAGAAUACUGUUACAGUUUUAAUGGAAGCUGCAGGAGAGAAAUUAAGUUCCUCUAUUGGCUUAGUAAAAUGCUGUUUUACUCAGUAGAUGUACUUGGAUGUUUUUGCCAUGAAGCACAGUAGCCCAGCUUACCAGAGAAGUGCAAUAUGUAUAGUGAUUCUGCAGUUUUCUUAAAACAUUUCAAGUGUUAGGAAUUAAAAACACCCAACAUAUUAUGAUUUUUUUUCCAAGUAAAUGUACUGAAUAGUACAAUCAUAAUAUUUCAGAAUCAAGAACUAAUCUGGAUAUGAUUGCUAUUUUUUAUAGUGGAUUUUUCUUGUGUACAGAAGAUAGACACUGUUAGUCUGCCUUCACUGUUAGUGUGAAUUUGUGUGGUUCAUUAGAGAAUUUAUUUAAGAGGAUCAAGCUUUUGGUGAGCUUCAUACUGGCUAAUUUUAAUUGUGAUGUUAGGAGCAACUCUUUAAAAUGACUGAAAUGGGAUUCCUUGGUUAACUAUAUGCUGGAGAAAAUGAGAUUCCUUCAAACAGAAGGCCAUAUCCUGUGUUCCUUACUCAGGCAGAUAUCCCACUGAAAUCAGGAACUGGCCUAAAUCAAGCUUCUUGAUUUUUAGAUUACUUUGUUUCUAAUUAAAUUCUAUACAGCUUCAUUUUGAAUCAUAAUGACAACUUGCCCAAAGCACGGAAUGAUAAAAUAAAGUACAGUAACAUGUUCGGGUUUUUUUGUUUUGGUUUUUUCCCCCUAAUGAAACACAUUUCACUACUCUGAAAUAUUGGAGGGAAAUUCUUGAAAACCUUUGCUCUAUGAUGUGUCUUGUUUCAAAAAAACAAGUCCUCUGGUUUUGCAAAUACCUGUCUUUGUAAUUGGCUGGUCAUUGAGUCAAAUAUAACUGAAGGGUGUAUGUAGCCCAUUAGGCUACUAGCAUUUAUUUCUGUAAAGCAUUAGGUAAACAAACCCAAAUCACUGUGGUGAGAUAGAAAACACAUACAUUUUGGUCUUUGCUACUUUUGUUGACAUUUCAUGGACACCUUUUAUGGACACUUGAUUGAUAAAGUGGAAUUUGGCUCUUUGCCUUUGUUUUUUGAAGUCUAAAAUGUGCUAUUUGUAAUGUGGACUUGGGGAGUAGAAAUAAACCAAUGCAACUUGA